UUGUUUUGUUUGCUAGACCUUAAGCAGUAUUUGACAGAGCAUGAUCAUGAUGGGGAAGUUGUGCUUGAUUGCCUGGACGCUUUGCGUUUCGAGCUCCGCAGAGGGGUGGAGCAGAAGCGACUUGCUGCGGCUGAAGGAUGACGUGGCGCGCUUCUUGCCUGAGGCGAAGGGACUAAAGCAACUGCCUUUGCAGUCACCCCCGCCAAGGCCAGGGUGGUCAGCAAUCGUUUGCCGGAUGAACCUUCAUGUUUGUGAUCACUGUGGUAAUUUCCAUCCACACCUCAGCCAUCGGGCGCUAGAAUGCUCGUGGCGCCACGGGGGCAACAGAUCGUUCCUGGCCACGAGUUGCUUUCAGGCAAGACAAGAUCGACCAUGUGGUGGUGCUUUACAUGGAGAAUCAUGCAGCUGAUAGCUUCUUCGGCUGCAUGGACCUGCCGGGCUUCGAUGGUAUCCGUGGUCAUUCGAUUCCAAAAGAUCCGGAGGACCUGUCCAAAGGAGAGAUCCAGAUCACCUGCGGAAAUGCUUCAUAUGUCUGUCAGAAAGGGCCGAGCUAUGAUACCUUUGCCCCCAAGUUUGCUGAGAAUGGACAUCCGAAUCGUUAUCCAUAUUCGCUCCAGGGAGACAAGUUCUCUGCUUUGCACGGUGCCACUGAGAACGGAACAGCUGUGACCAUGUUUGGCCCAGAGCAGAUUCCUAUCAAAGCAACACUGGCCCAGAGCUUUGGGGUCUUCAACAAACUCUUCACAGCAACUCCAACUGCCAGCAGCCCCAACCAUCUCUUCACCCAGUCGGCGACCAGCUGUGGGAUGACCUCGAACGUGCUGUACCCCGACUGUGGGGGAAACGGAACUUAUUUCCCUCAACCCACGAUUUAUGACUCCUUGAGGCUGCACAAUGUGAGCUUUAGCCUCUUCAUGAACAGCACCUGCGGCCUGGACGGGAAGCCGUGCCAUGGGGAGGACCCCCACGACCCGGACGCCGGGAGUGCCAUCGCGUCGCCGGAUGUGGCCAUGAUCGGGGUGGCGCGGCACAAGGAUCGCUUCAUGAGUCAGACGAUCUUCUAUGAACAGGCAGCCAAUGGUUCGUUGCCAGGCCUCUCCUGGAUAUUGCCGCCGCUGCAAGCUUGUGACCACCCGUGCCACGACGUUGCUAAAGGCGAGCGGAUCUUGAAAGACAUCUAUGAGGCAUUACGUGCUGGGCCGUCUUGGACCCGCACACUGUUGUUCGUCGCGUAUGACGAUGCCGGAGGUUUCUACGAUCACGUGGUGCCCCCACACGAAGGAGUUCCUGCUGACGAAUCCCCCUGUAUAGUACCAGGGGUGCAUUCAAAGUGUGGACACCCUUUCGAUUUCCGGAGGUUAGGCUUGCGAAGCACAGCUCUGCUCAUUUCGCCCUGGGUUGGAAGAGGCGUUGUUUUUCAAGAGCCGCAACAUGGACCCUUCAAUUCUUCGCAAUUUGAAUUGACUUCGGUCCCGGCUACGAUCAAACAUCUAUUUAACCUGAGUUUCUUUCUGACCAAGCGCGAUGCGUGGGCCGGCAAUUUUGAAGAGCUCCUGUUGAAUGAACCUCGAACAGACGCUCCACUGCACUUGCCAGAUGCCCCACCUCCAGCCACACCAUGGACUCCACCACCGCCGAAAGCAAGUGACACCUUUGUGGAAGCUGUUGCCAAAGAUCGCGCUGCGUUUCCGGCACCACAGCAUUGCAGCUCUUGGCAUGGUGAAAGUGAAGAGCUCUGCAAAGGGCUCAACUUUACAAACCUCAAGCAGAAGCGACAUCUUCGCUUGUUUGCCGAGCUGCUGAAUGUUCCAGCCCCAGAUGCCGACCAAAUGACUUCGGAGCAGGCGGAGCGCUGGCUCGCAAGACACUGGCGCAAAUGGAUGGUGAGCUCAGAUGAUGAGAAGGUACUUGGUUCAGAAAAGAGUAGUGUUUUGGAAGGCCAAUUUCAGACUCAAUUGGUUUGAAACCCAUUUCCCACCGAACACGCUCAGUAAAAGA